GAAACCCUAAUUCGUCUGCUCCCAAGAGAACCCUAAAUCGUCUACUCCACUUGUAGAGAGAGAGAGAGGAGAGAGGAGCGUGAGUAGAGGGAGUAGCAAUGGUUUCUGGUUCAGGGAUCUGCGCAAAGGUGGUGGUGGUGGACGCCAGGCACCACAUGCUCGGCCGCCUCGCUUCCAUCAUUGCCAAGGAGCUAUUGAAUGGGCAGAGAGUGGUCGUUGUGAGAUGUGAAGAGAUCUGCCUCUCUGGUGGCUUGGUCAGGCAGAAAAUGAAGUAUCUCAGAUUCUUGAGGAAGAGGAUGAAUACUAAGCCCUCUCAUGGCCCUAUCCACUUCCGUGCUCCCUCUAAGAUCCUAUGGAGGACCAUCAGAGGGAUGAUCCCUCACAAGACAAAGCGUGGAGCUGCUGCUCUUGCCAGGCUCAAAGUUUAUGAGGGAGUCCCCCCACCAUAUGACAAGACCAAGAGAAUGGUUAUCCCUGAUGCUCUCAAGGUUUUGAGGCUUCAACCUGGACACAAAUACUGUUUGCUUGGUCGCCUGUCAUCCGAGGUUGGCUGGAACCAUUAUGACACAAUCAAGGAGCUGGAGGAGAAGAGGAAGGCUAGGGCCCAGGUGGCAUAUGAGAGGAGGAAGGAGUUGGCGAAACUCAGAGUUAAAGCUGAGAAAUCUGCUGAGCAGCAGCUUGGUCCUAAGCUUGAAAUCCUUGCCCCAUUGAAGUACUGAUUAAUCACUCUUUUUUCUUUAAAACAAUUGAAGGGUAGUUUUUGAGUGUGUAGUUCUCUAAAACAUUUGUCAUGAUAUUGGAGGGGCUUGUCUUUGCAUGUUGCUUGUUUUUUAUUUUUCAUUUGAUUCUAAGGUACCAACAAUUUUGACUCGUCAUAUUAAUCAUCUAUCUUUUGUAGACUGAAAGGCUUGCAUUUUAUUUGACACUUCUUGGUGGCCUCCAAA